UUCUCGAACUUCAAAAUGAGCACUCAAUCCGAAAACCACUCAUAUUCCUGCGAUUGCAAUCUUGAGCUUUUCGAUGGUUGCCGCCAACACAUCCUUGUUCGGUAAGGUUAGUUCCCCGCGGAAAUUUCGUCGGCUUUGUCGGCCACUGACCCGUCUCUGAAUACAAAUCUGCAAAUCCCACUUUCGAGACGCGGUUUCGAAUAUUAUGCAUCGCGAUAGCGGUCUCUCUGCCGAUAAGUUUAUUGAUCUCUAGCCUUGCAAAGUCAACAUGCAGGUACUAGUGUCCAUAGUUUGGACCCUGGUUCUCUGUCUAGAUGUUACUGUACUCUGCUUUUCUUUGAGAUUGUUGGUAAAUUCUUCAAACAUUCGUUGCAUAUUCAGUCAUAAUGGUUCGAACUCUUCCUCGGGGAAUCUAUACCCCGCUACCAACCUUCUUUCAAGAUGGAAGUGAAGAUUUGGACCUGGCGGCGUUCAAGAAACAUAUCCAGUUCACGGCAAGUGCAGGUACAAUUCCAGUCAUAUCUGGAACCAUGGGAGAGGCACCACAUCUGAGUGCAGCAGAAAGGACAGCUUUGAUAAUAAUUGGACGCGAAGCACUCGAUGAGAUUAAUCUUACUUCAAUCCCCAUCGUGGCAGGUAUUGGUGCUACCAGCACUCGCGAAUCGAUACAAUUAGCAAAAGAGGCAGCAGCGGCAGGAGCGGACUUUGCAAUUGCAAUCCCACCAGGAUAUUACGCUGGAGUUCUGAAGGCCGACGUCACAGCGAUUAAGAGCUUCUUUGUGGAUAUUGCGGAAGCAUCUCCCAUUCCAGUAAUGAUGUACAAUUUCCCAGGCGUCACGAGUGGCAUCGACAUGGACAGCGACCUCAUAAUCGACAUUGCGAAAUCCGCCCCAAAUAUCUGCGGGGUAAAGCUCACUUGUGCUGCAGUUGGCAAGCUUACCAGAAUCACAGCAGUCGUCAAUGACCCAGAAUUCAAAGUAAAAUACCCACGAAAAGUAUCAGCAGCACCAUUCUUGGUGAUAGAUGGUUUCAUCGAUAUUCUGCUUCCCUCAAUGGCGGCAGGAUCUUCGGGUGCUAUCACUGGACUCGCGAACUUUGCACCGAGUGCCUGUGUCAAGUUGUGGGAACUGUGCUUGGCUGUUCCAGGCUCUGGAUCUUAUGCUGAGGCGCAGAAGGUGCAGAAUCUGAUUGCGAAUGCUGAUGGUGUUGCCAUCAAAAUUGGCAUUCCUGGUAUGAAGAUGCUGCUAAAUAGAAUGUUUGGGUAUGGCAAGAAUCCGAGACGGCCUUUGAUGCCAAUAACGGCUGAGAAAAGAGACUUAAUUAUGGCGGAAGGUGUCCUAAAAGAACUGGUGGAGUUUGAGAAGAGCUUAGGCACAUCAAAAUAAUGAGUUCAUUCAAG